AUAAUCAUUACACUCCAGUCCAUGGACAGGGUUUAGUUAUAACUAAGUCUUAUACUUAUAGGUUCUGCAAACAGGCAAUUAUGUGCUCCUUCUUGCUGGAUAGUUUGAGGCCGUUACGGUAACGUCAGCUCUUCUCCGACUCCACCUUUCCUCUCUCUCUCUCUCUCUUACAUAAUAAUAUAUCGUUCCAUUUUCAAGUUUUGUAACUUGCCAACAACAGUGGAUAGGCACCAUUAAUUUUCUUCUCUCCGAACAUCAUGAACCAAAGCAAGAUAUCGGUCGUGCUCUUGCUCCAAGGCGUUGCGUUCUUGGCCCUGCAGCUUGUAGAAACUACACACGCAGCUGGGGUCCGGAGACAGCCUGUCCACAGCGUGAGCGGCCUACCAUCAGCAACGAUUAGCUACAAGGUGGACACUAGCUGGCCGAAAAACAAAUCGCUAAUCACCGGACAGCCAUUUUCAGUGGGAGUGGACCAGGCGCUUGGCGUGGUCUACAUUCUGCAACGCCAGGGCAAUCAUCCAGUGCUGCUGGUGAGUGCUGAGACGGGCAAGCAGGUGGGUAAGUGGACCGAAGUGGAUCCAUCCCCGAACAAAGUGCUGGACACUCCGCACGGUCUACGCCUCCAACAGGCUACAGCCCAGCAACAUGGGCACGAUGGCAGGCAAGCCGGCGGGGUGCAGAGUGUAUGGAUCACGGACGUGGGCAACAUGACGGGCCAUGUACUCAGAAGAUUCACCGCGGACGGCAACCUUCAGGACAUAAUCGGCUGGCCUGGCAACGCAGGUAACAGCACCAACCCGUUGCAGUUCGGCAACGUGGCAGAGUUAGCCUUCGCCCAUGACAAGACGUCGGCGACGGGCAACGGAACCGGCGCAGACCCGCCAUACUCGUUCUUCGUUGUCGACGGCGAUGGCGGUCCAAACAACCGGCUGCUGCGUAUGCAGCACGGCGAGUUGCAUGCGUUCAGCGUGACGUGGACGGUUGGAUCGGCCGGUGGCGCUCCGGGCCAGUUUAACAUUCCGCACGACGUCGACACGGACGAUUUCGGGCGCGUGGUCGUCGCCGACCGCGCCAACGCCCGCCUGCAGAUUCUGCGCGCCAGCGACGGCGCGUUUGUCCAGGAACUGACGUGCACGCAGCCGUCGCAGCCGUACGGUGUGCGUUUCCUGCCGCAGACGACGGCCGAUGUUGUCUACGUUGCCGUCACGUUGCUGCAGGAUCACAAGCUCAGCGUCAUACGCCAGGACAUGUCGUCAAAGUCGCAAUGUGAGGUCGUGGAUACCGUGUCGUUCUCCAACAGCUCCAGUCCGCACCUACUGGACGUGCACAGGAAAACGGGCGACAUAUUUGUGGCCGACAUUACCUCGGCCGAGGUCUACAAACUGGUAUCACAUCCCUAAUCACGCCAGGCCACAGUGCAACAGUCUUUUCCCUUAUCACGGUCUUACACCGUGUACAUCCAGCAAACGGACAUUCUUUCAACGUACUCCCGCAGCACAUAUUGUCACAACACAAUCAUUUAGAUCGUUAUAUUCCUGAACUUGAUACCGAUGCAAGAGUGUCUUGUA